CACACAUCUUGCAUGACGUGCCAUGAUCUCGGGACUGCGGCGCUUCAGCCGUCGCUUCAGCACUUGGCAGCUGCCGGAGGCUGUGUCGAUUGCCCCAUGUCAACGUGUCCAAAGGUUCCGCUGAGCGACACCUUGGACGAUGCCGUGAUUCGGCAGCUGGUCCCCCGCGAGGCCCGGCUGGUCGAGUCGAAGCAGGAGGCAGAGGAGCUUCUGCCCGAGCUGCUGGCGGCGCGAGUGCUGGGCCUGGACUGCGAAGGCGUGGCGCUUGGCCGCUGGGGACGGCUCUGCCUCUGCCAGGUGGCAACUCCUCAGCAGGUCUUCCUCUUUGACGGUUUGCGCACGGGUGUGGUGGAGGUCCUCCGACCGGUUCUGACUUCCACGGCGGUGACAAAGGUGAUGCACGACAGCCGGGAGGACUCGUCUGCGUUCCUCUCGCAGUUUGACAUCGAGCUGGCAGGGGUGUUUGACUCCCAGGUAGCCCACACCAUGAUGCUUGAGAACCAGGCAACAAAGCCAUUUCAGAUCUCACUCAACGAGCUUCUGAAGAGUGUGCUCAAGCUGGAGAAUGAGAAGGAGACCUCCCUGGGACAACGCAUGAAGAAAGAUCCUAACAUUUGGUUUUACAGACCUAUGAAAGAGGAUUUGUUGACCUACGCAGCGCAGGAUGUGAUGUACCUGCCCCUGCUUCACCGACGACUUUGUGACCAGCUAGGCGAUCGCACUGGCAAUCGUGUCAUGUCCAGGAGUCAGGAGUACGUGAAGUAUGCUCGCAUGAACCUGCAUUUGUCCUCGCCGAAGGCAGCUCAGCGCAGGCACCUUCGCCUUCAGGCAAUGCUGGCCACUCAUACUGACGCAGCGCUGUACUUCAAGCUGAACCUCGGCGCCCACCGCCAAGGUGUCGUGAGCCGGGAGGAGGCUCUCAAGAACUUCAAGGACAUGCACUAUGGUCAGAUCGCUGACUGCUGGGUCUCAGCUUGGAACACGGGGGGCAACAUCUUGUUCCUGGAGCGGCUCGAGGCCAAUGCCAUGCCGGAGCCAGAGAGGAAGCCGGGCAACUUUGGGUGGCGGCGCAGGCGGAGGCCAGUGGGGCCAAAAGAAUGAG